CUUUCUUAUCCCCUUAUUAUUUAUCUAAAGGAUGAAAAGUGUGAUAUUAAUAGCUUUUGUCCUCUUGAAUACACUCAUUGCAACAACUGUAGCAACAUCCUCAACGGGGUCUCGUGUACUUGUACUUUUAGAUGACCUUGAGAACCAAUCUUCUUAUUCGCGUUUCUGGAAAUCAUUACAAGAUCGAAAAUAUCAAUUGGAUUUCAAGAAAGCUAGUGACCCAACUGUAACUCUUCAUGUCUUUGGAGAAUCAAGUUAUAAUCAUAUUAUUCACUUUGCUCCUAGAACUAAUGAAUUGGCUCAACAUACUGGUUUGAACAAUGUAGCAUUGAUAAACUUUGUCAAGCAAGGUGGUAAUUUAUUGGUAGCAGUGGACGAACAAGCUAGUAGUACAGUACGUGAUUUAGCCAAUGAAUUUGACAUUGAGUUCGACCCCAAGGGAACGCGUGUAUUGGAUAAGGAUGCUCAAGAUAAACAUGAUAAUAUUGUGGUUACUGAACAAAUCAUUGCACCUACACCUAUUAUUGAUACUUCCAUUAUUUCUUCUGGUCUUCUUUAUCGUGGUAUUGGUUUACUUCCUGGCAAAUUACCUUUACUAAAUCGAAUCUUGACAAGUGAAAAGAAUGCUGUCAGUGGUGAAGUAUACAAUGAAAAGGAUCACAACAAGGUAGAUUUGAUUGCUGCUAUGCAAACUCGUCAAUCCAGUCGAGUUACUUUUUCUGGUUCUUUAGAUUUUUUUUCUGAUGAAUUUUGGACUGGGGAUGUUAAAGGAUUUGAAUCAGCAAAAUUACAAGGCAAUGAAGGAUUUAUCAAGGAAUUAACAAAAUGGACAUUCCAAGAAAAGGGUGUUUUGAAAGUAGUAGAUCAUCGCCAUCAUAAGGAAAACAGCACAGAACAAUUGGAAUGGUAUCGCAUUAAGGAUAAUAUUGUCUAUGUAUUGGAAGUGGCGGAAUAUAAGGAUGAUCAUUGGGUUCCUUUCCAUUCGGACGAUAUUCAAUUGGAAGUGAUCAUGCUUGACCCUUAUAUUCGCACUACAUUGAAGGAUGAAACUCCAGCAACAACGCAACAUCAUUAUGGACGUUUUAUAUCUCAUCUAACUCUUCCUGAUGUAUAUGGUGUAUUCACUUUUAAAGUCAAUUACAAACGACCUGGUUGGACUUAUCUUUUGGCUGAAGAUGUUGUGGCCAUUCGUCCUUUCCGUCACAAUGAAUAUCCUCGUUUCUUGGUGGCUGCUUAUCCUUACUAUACAUCGGUUGGAAGUAUGAUUAUCGGUUUCUUGGUCUUUAGUACUGUUUGGUUGGCCACUUGGGGUAGUCGUAGUAGUAGUAGUAGCGAUAUUAAAAAGAAAUCUCAAUAAAAAAAAAAGAUGAAUGUUUUUUUUUUUUUUUGUACCAUGACAAAAA